ACUUGAGCUUCACAGAUCAUCAUCACUUCCUCUCUCUCUCGAAGAAACACAAUUUGGAGUUUUCUAAUCUUCCAUACAAAUGGAAGGGAACUCUUUACCAGAAGAAGAUGUAGAGAUGAUGGAGAAUUCAGAUGGAAAGAAUACAGUCACAGAUGAAUUUCUUCCAAUGGUGGAGCCGUUCAUUGGUUUGGAGUUUGAAUCAGAAGAGGCUGCAAAGUCUUUCUAUGACAAUUACGCUACAUGCAUGGGUUUCGUUAUGCGAGUGGAUGCUUUCAGGAGGUCGAUGAGAGAUGGGACUGUGGUGUGGCGUAGACUCGUGUGUAAUAAAGAAGGGUUCCGUAGAUCAAGACCUCGGAGAAGCGAGAGCAGGAAACCUAGAGCUAUAACAAGAGAAGGGUGUAAAGCUCUGAUUGUGGUGAAAAGAGAGAAAUCCGGAAAAUGGGUUGUCACUAAAUUUGAGAAAGAACAUAAUCAUCUUCUCUUGCCUCUCUCACCUAAUGUUCGCCGGAAUCAUCCGCUCCCUCAAACACCGGACGAGAAAGACGCAAAGAUUCGGGAGCUGAGUGCAGAGCUGAGCCGAGAGAGAAGGCGUUGUACUGCUUUGCAACAGCAGCUUGAUAUGGUUCUCAAGGAGAUGGAAGAACAUUCCAACCAUCUCUCCGUUAACAUCAAUAAUGUUAUCCAAAGUGUUAGAGAAAUUGAGUCCAAUACUUUCACUAAACCCCUUAGCUGAAUACAAACAACAAACAUAAUCCUUCAUUUCUGUUCAUAAAAGCUUAACAUCAAG